AUGCAACUCUCUUUAGGAUAUCUUACUUUGGUACUUUUAUGCGUCCAAUUGGUUUUUGCAGGUACAGUCAACGUUUGCUCUUCUUGUGCUUUCAAGUCCAUCAGUAAGGCCAUUACUUCUCUUCCAAACAAUUCCGAGUCAUAUACAGUCUUAAUUGCUCCUGGGACAUACACUGAACAGUUUACUAUUGCUCGACCUAACCUCGUAUUAAAACCUACUAGUGGUAGUGUCACCAUCCAGUUCGCUUCCGGCCAUGAUACUAGCUCUAAAACUGGAAGUACUGCUGACUCUGCUGUCUUGACUAUUACGGGCAAGAAUGUCAUACUCCAAGAUAUUAUUAUUGCAAACACUUACAAACAAGGACGCGUAGCUAAUGUCGCCUUGCAUCUGAAUGCUCCUCAAGCUUAUUUUAAAAAUGUCAAGAUCUACGGCUUCCAAGAUACCCUUUUGAUCAAUCGUGAUGGUGCUGGUUACUUCGAUAACUGUUAUAUUGAAGGCUCAGUUGACUUUAUUUGGGGAUUUGGCACUGGUUACUUUUCUAACAGUGUCAUUGCUUCCAACCAAAGAGGUACUUCUGUCACUGCUCACGGUAGAGAUACUCCAAAUGGCCCUGGUGGCUUUUACUUUAAUCAAUGUACCUUCAAGGCUACUGUUCCAUCUGGUCCUUUGUCCAAGACAUACGACCCUUCCAUUUCAUUCUCUUCCCCUUCUCAAUUUGAAAACACAUGCUUCUUUGCUCGUCCCUGGGGCAAAUAUUCUCGUGUCAUCAUCACGAACUCCAGCAUCGGUAGCCAUAUCAAGCCUGCUGGUUGGAGUGCAUGGAGUGACGCUAGUCCAAACACUGCAAAUGUUGUCUAUGGAGAAUACAAGAAUUUUGGAGCUCGCCCUUGGACUAGUGCGCGUGCCUCAUUUGCUAAAAAUUUGACUCCCGAACAAGCCUCUCAGUACAGUGCAGCGAAGGUCUUUGGUGGUAAUACCUCCUGGUUCCAAAACCGAUAA